AUGGAAAGUGCCCGUUUAAUAAAAUGGCGUAAUGAAUAUUUGGAAAAGGUAACUGAGUACAGAAAUAGCGGAAGAAAAAUUUAUUACUUAGAUGAAACGUGGUUUGACACUAACGAAACAAUUGGCAAAGGUUGGAGUAAUGACAAUGGAAAGUGCAAAGUUAAUGUACCACCUUCCAGGGGCAAACGAAUAUGCAUUUUGCAUUGUGGAGGGGAAGAUGGUUGGGUAACCGAUAGCUUACUAUUAAGUGCAAAAGACAUUAAAGACAGUUGUUUGGACUAUCAUCAAGAUAUUACGGGUGAACUUUUCGAAUCGUGGUUUAAAAAUAACUUAUUACCAAAUUUAGCAGACAACAGUGUUAUUGUUUUAGAUAAUGCAUCAUAUCAUUCUAGACAACUUAAAAAAAUUCCGAAUAAAUACUCUAGAAAGGAUGAAUUGCAAGAGUUUUUAUUAUCACAAGAUUUAUAUUUUGAAGAUUGGUACACUAAAGACCAAUUAGUAGAGGUACUUAAUACAAAAUUAUUUGUAAAGGAAUAUAUUAUUAUUGAUAAUGCAGCAAGUAAAAAUGGACAUACAACUUUAAGACUACCACCAUAUUACUGCGUUUUAAAUCCAACAGAGUUGUUAUGGUCUCAACUGAAAUAUAAUGUGCGACAAAAAAAUCGACUCGUUAAAUCCUCAUUGCAUCAACGGAAAGCUAGUCCUCGAGAAGCAAGUCAUUUAGUAGUGACAACAACUCUUCUUAGGACGUUUAUCCAAUAG